CUUUGAAACGGUGUCGUAUGAGCCUUGGAUAGAAGUAAAUCUGACCCGAAAGCAUCAAAUUUUCCCACGAAAAAAGUAGAUUACAUUAUAGUCCACCAGAAGAAGUUGAUUCCGUUCUCAGCUUCUCGUCCUAUCCUACAGUUUCGUCCUCAUUCUCUCCGUCUGCACCUCACUUCCCACGUUUGAUUAUUUAUGCCAAAAAUGUUAAAAACAAAAUAAUUUAAAAGGAAAGAAGAGGCCCAAUUAACCAUUACCAGAAACCCAUCAUUAUUUUACUAUAAAGCUUUGCAAUUUUCACGACCACAUAAAAAUUGGCUCAAAGGGUUCUCGUGGUUUUGUUCUUUUGUUUGAAAUUUAUCUUCUUCUCUCUCAAAGUUUAUUGCUUUUUGUUGAUUUAAAUCAAAAAGCUGUGUUGGGAUGGCUCUCAAUUUAUUGUCUCCGGCUGAAAUCAAAGCCAUCUCUUUCUUGGAUUCCACCAAGUCCACCCACCUCCCCAAGCUUCCAGGUGGGUUUGCUUUGAGGAGGAAAGAUUGCAAAACAGCAGUUGGGAGAAGAAUUCAAUGCUCAGCAGCAGCACAGACACCUCCUCCAGCUUGGCCGGGACGUGCCGUUCUGGAGACAAGCCGCAGAACUUGGGAUGGCCCAAAGCCUAUCUCGAUUGUUGGAUCUACUGGUUCCAUUGGAACCCAGACACUGGACAUAGUGGCAGAGAACCCAGAUAAAUUCAGAAUUGUAGCUCUAGCAGCUGGUUCAAAUGUAACUCUUCUUGUGGAUCAGGUGAAGAGAUUCAAGCCCCAACUUGUUGCAGUUAGAAAUGAAUCAUUAGUUAAUGAGCUUAAUGAGGCCUUGGCUGAUUUAGAAGAAAAGCCUGAGAUUAUUCCUGGCGAGCAAGGAGUUAUUGAGGUUGCCCGCCACCCAGAUGCAGUCACAGUAGUUACUGGAAUAGUAGGUUGUGCAGGAUUGAAGCCUACGGUGGCUGCAAUUGAAGCAGGGAAAGACAUAGCAUUAGCCAAUAAAGAGACCCUGAUUGCUGGAGGUCCUUUUGUUCUUCCUCUUGCUCACAAGCAUAACGUGAAAAUUCUUCCUGCUGAUUCAGAACAUUCUGCAAUUUUUCAGUGUAUCCAAGGCUUGCCAGAGGGUGCACUUCGGCGUAUCAUAUUGACAGCGUCUGGUGGGUCUUUCAGGGAUUGGCCUGUUGAGAAAUUGAAAGAAGUUAAAGUUGCUGAUGCUCUGAAGCAUCCUAACUGGAAUAUGGGAAAGAAAAUAACUGUUGAUUCUGCUACUCUUUUCAAUAAGGGUCUAGAAGUCAUUGAAGCCCAUUACUUGUUUGGAGCUGAAUAUGACAACAUUGAUAUUGUGAUUCAUCCGCAAUCUAUUAUACAUUCAAUGAUUGAAACACAGGAUUCAUCUGUUCUGGCGCAAUUGGGGUGGCCUGAUAUGCGCUUGCCAAUUCUCUACACCAUGUCAUGGCCAGAGAGAAUCUAUUGCUCUGAACUAACAUGGCCUCGUCUUGAUCUGUGCAAGCUUGGUUCACUAACCUUUAAAGCUCCCGACAAUGUGAAAUACCCAUCCAUGGAUCUUGCCUAUGCUGCUGGACGGGCCGGUGGCACCAUGACGGGAGUUCUUAGUGCAGCAAAUGAAAAAGCUGUGGAGAUGUUUAUCAGUGAAAAAAUCAGUUAUCUUGAUAUUUUCAAGAUUGUUGAGCUAACAUGUGCUAAGCACCGGGCAGAACUAGUGGCCUCACCUUCCCUCGAGGAAAUUAUACAUUACGAUUUAUGGGCACGAGAUUAUGCAGCUAAUUUGCCGAGCGCAUCAAGUUCAAUUCCUGUUUUUGCAUGAGCAGUUAGUCUGUGCUUGUUGGCCAAGAUUCUGGUGCUAUGAAUGGACUGUGAAUCUCCCAAGGUGUCCCUGGCUUGGAGUGGGAGGCGGGGGAGUGAACUGAAAUGUGUUCCCCCCCUAAAUUGGGUUGUAUAUGUAUGAAAACAAUGGUCAACUAUGAAAGUCCUAUUGUGGACGGUAAUUUUCAAUGAGAGAAACAAGAUAUCUAAUGAAAAUAAGAUUUGUUGUGAAA